AUGUCGGUCCCCGAGUCUUCCCCGAUUCCUGCGUAUGCGGCCUGCCGAGUUUGCGAUGAUUCCAACGGACAGCCCCAUUACGGAACCAUUUGUUGCCCGUGAGCGUUUCAGUCAUUCACCUCGGUUUUAUAUAUUUCCAGUUCAGAAGUUGCAAGGGAUUCUUCCGUCGCGUCUUCAUUUCCGACAAGAAGUUCGAGUGCUACCGGGGCAACAUGUGUGUCAUUCGGAAGGGAACUCGCAACAUUUGCAGGGCCUGUCGAUACAAAAAGUGUUUGAAAGUGGGAAUGAAUGUGAAAGGUUUUCUGGAAAUAACCGUUCUGAAUGAUUGUUCUUCGCCGUUCAGAAAUACGCGGAAAAUAUAGCAGCACUCCUUGCUCGCAGAGUACCGAACAUGAGACUCCGAGCUCCGCGGAGAGUACUCCAAACAGUUCGAAGGACGGAGAAGUAGGCGUUGCCGAGGCGAUGGAGAUGGCACAAGUUUAUAUGAACCUGGAAAAGUGAGUGGACUUGUAGACGGCAGAUACAUUCGGUCGUUUCAGAUACUGUGAAAACAACUAUUGUGAAUCGAACAUGGGAAAAGAAGAGGAGAACCAGCUGAUCGACAAGAUGCUCUCAAGUACCAUAUUCGAACUGAUUCAGAAGACGUCACCCCAAUGUCCUCGAUUCAGAAGAGAUUGGAAACCUCUCGAGCUUCUGGACUUUGAGAACUUCUGCCGGAGUUGGUCCCGAUCGAUCGUACACUUUCUAGACUUUGCCACCCGUUUCCCAGUGUUCAAUCAGCUCACUUCUACCGACAAAGUAAGCGAAAACUGGGGAACAGCUCCACUUUCUGUUUUCAGAAAGCCUGGUUCAUCAGCCGACUUGUUCCGUGCACUUUUCUCACAAUGGCCUACCAGUCCCGAUUGGAAAUGUGCGAAGGACUGCUGUUUGGAUGCGCGAACGUGUUUCCGUUAAGAGAAGAGCAAUGGAAGUGUGUGGAGGAAGAGCAUCUUCGCAAUCUGUUCUCUUCGAUCACAGAGACCGUGUUUUCGUUCGUCAUUUAUCCGAUGAUGAAUCUGAAAAUGACGGACAUCCACUACUCCCUGCUUAAAGCGUGCGUCUUCUUCUCUUCGGGUGAGAUUAUCUUCCCACUCCUUUCUCAUUUCUUCGUUUCUAGGAAUCAUAAUGAACUCGGUAUCUGAGAAAGGAAUGGAACUCAUGAAGAACGAGUACACCAAGCACAAGAACGCGUUGAUGAAAUUGUUGAUGAACGGAGUGAGAACUGACUUUGUGACAAAAACAAAAGUUCGUUGCAGGUGGACGCAUUCAGUCAACAAACGGACAUUCUGUUCCAGAUCCAGGACGUUCAGAAUGCUCUGGAAGUACGUAAAAACCAAUGAGAAUGAUCAGAAACUAGCUAAUCCUUUUGUGAUCUGAAAUGAAUUAUCCUUUCUUUGGCCAUCUGAUCCACUCGUUCUUUUGCUCCUAUUCCCACCAGACGUCUCCUUCUUCUUCUUCUCCGUUUUCUCUUUUGGUCAUCUCCGAUUUGCAGCGCGUCUCGGUCCACUUUGACCAGGAAAUCCAAUACUUUCACUUCGUGGGCCUACCAAUCGUCAAAAAGAAUCUGCUCGUCGAGUGCCAUAUCAACAAGACGUUCUGA